ACGGUCAUGUCAUGUCCGUAUAAAUGGCCAAAGCUGACUGUGUCUGCAGUUCAUUGCCCGAGCCUCAACUCGAGCAGCUCUGUGUCAUGCUACAGUGCUUCAAACGCUCCAGUCGUCAGCAGCCAGCCAGCCGUCGGGACUCUCAGUGCACUGGACAGUCUUUAAUGAGAUCAGUCCAAAUGUGAGGAACAUGAAGCAGCUGGAGUUUGCAGUCCUGGUGAGACGAGCAAGCCAGAUCAGGGAAGAGCUCACACAGGGGGUGAGAAAGUCAUAUAAAGAUAUAAUAGAUGUCUCCUGGGGUGAUCCGCACAGGGCAGGUGUGAAGCCUCUGUCAUUUGUCAGACAGGUUCUAGCAUCAUGUUUUUACCCUCAGCUUAUGAACAGCAACGAACUGCCAGUGGAUGUCAGACAAAGGGCUCAAAAGCUGCUUAGAGGAUGUGGUGGAGGGAGUGUAGGUGCGUAUACUGCCACAGCUGGUAUAUCAGAAAUAGUCAAAAGUAUCUCUGAAUUCAUAACUAGACGAGAUGGUGGGGUUCAAUCUAAUCCUGAAAACAUAUACAUCAGUUCAGGCUCACAGUGGUCACUCACGAACAUUCUCAGGGUCUUGGUGAACAAUGAGAGUUCACCUAUAACGGGGGUGUUAGCUCCUGCACCGUGCCACGUUACUACCACUUUGUCCAUAAUGGGGUUGGGAGCACAUAUCAUCCCUUACUACCUCAAUGAGGAGCAGGGCUGGGAGCUGCAGAUAGAGGAGCUACAUCGAGCACUGGAAUCUGCAAAGGGAAUCUGUAAUCCAGUUGCUUUGUAUGUCAUCAACCCGGGAAACCCCACAGGUCAUGUUCAAAGCAGAAAAUCGAUGCAAGAGGUGAUCCGGUUUGUUUCAGAGAAAAAACUUUUCCUUCUGGCUGAUGAGGUCUAUCAGGACUGUGUUUACGGAGAAAAAAGUGAGUUUGUCUCUUACAAGAGGGUCUUAGCUGAGAUGGGGCCUCCUCUUUCGGACACACUGGAGCUGGCAUCCUUUCACUCGGCAUCCAAAGGCCUCAUGGGAGAGUGUGGUCUACGUGGUGGAUAUGUGGAGUUGGUAAAUGUGGACCCUGAUGUUAUGAAAUACGUCUACACAGUGUUCUCAACAGACACCUGUGCACCUGCAACUGGCCAGCUCGCCCUUGAUCUGAUGAUAAACCCUCCGCAACCAGGAGAUCCCUCAUACCCACUAUAUAGAGAGGAGACGCAACACAUCAAGACCACGGUGGUUCACAAUGUGAAGAGAGCCCUUGAGGUUCUCAACAGCCUGCCAGGUUUCUGCUGCCAACCAGUAGAAGGAGGAGCAUUUGCAUUCCCCAGAGUGCAUCUUCCACCUAAAGCCAUCCAGAAAGCCAAGGCGGUAGGAAUGCAACCUGAUACUUUCUACUGUAUGAGAUUGCUGGAGGAGGCUGGAGUGUUAGUCAGUCCUGGGUAUGAGUUUGGACAGAAGGAGGGCACUCAUCACAUCAGGUUUUGCAUUAUGACAACUGUGGCCACUAUGGAGGAAUUGCUGCAACGCCUGUCCAGCUUCCACACACAGUUUAUGAAGGAUUUUUCAUAAAUGAAGUAAUAGAAAAAACUGUUUUCUUCCUGUAAAUCAUUCCAGGAAAUUCCAGCUGUGUGUUAAUUAAGUGCAGACAAUACAAUAAAAGAAUCCAAUCAUC